GGAAAAGAAGUUGCUAUCGCGUCCUCUUUCACUGUCCGCUGCGAUGGCCUUGUGGACUGAAGAAAAGGACCACGGAAAGGCGCGAAAAGUAUUAAAAACAAGAGGCAGAGGUGAUUUACGAAUAAAAAGAAGGAAAAAGUCCAAUAUUCCUACGCCGUUUCCUCAUUCCAAUCAGUUAUCCCCGUGGGUCGCUCCGUCGUCGCACGGAACCAAAAUAACAUUUGGAGAUAAAAAUAAACACGAGUGCAACAUCCACUGACCUCUCCCUCUAUCCUUCUCGACUGCGGGUGGAUAAGAAGGGGAUGUUUUGUUACGAAGCGGAGACGAUGUGCGGGUGUAUCUGUAUGUGCAUUUGACUAUUAUACAGAGAAGUAUCCCCAGAAACCCCAGGACUUUUGUCCCUGUGAUUCUUAUUAUGAUGAUAUUCUCGGUCUACCUUCUCGAUCCCCAAGUAACAUACAGCCAGGUCGUAAGUACACCCACCUCAGCCAUGCCACAGCUUAGCCUCCACACUGAGUCACAGCCGCGCGGAGAUUUACACCAGGUGUUCCGAGAGCGACGGGAGUACCUGCGGGAGAGAUGUCGGCGACUUCACCUAAAAGACAGGUUCCUCUCUCUGCCGUGGCGCCUUCACCUUACGUUCAGAGCUCCGGGGCCGCUCAGGGUGUGCGUGCCGUUCAAGAUAGGCUCGACGUCGUGGCGCGAAUUGAACAACCGCCUCAAGGAGCAGACUCUCCCUAACCUUAAGCCGGCUUCCGCCAUCUUGGUCAGGCAUCCGCUGUCCCGGCUGGCGUCCGCAUACAGAGACCGAUUCCUGAACGGACAGGCCAUCAGUGACUCGAACGAAAGCUGGAAGCAGAGAACGGGUUCGGAGGCGAACUGGAAUUACUACUGGUACGGCUACUGGCUGCCGGCGCUGAUUUCCUCGGGGCGCGUGGCUGCGUCGUCGGACUUCGAGGAAAUGCUGCGCCAAGACGUGGAGGUGUUCGACUUCAUAAGCAGACAUCACGUGGUGAAGGACGACCACGUGGAGAUCACGAGGGAGAACGAUUUCAGCGAGCAGGAUAAAUUCGUUGGCACCUACAUGGCCGUCGUAGGGAGGCAGAUGGGGCUGCAAGACGCCGUCGUCUUCGCCUACGGGAACAUGACGGAGCAGCUGAAGACCCGCUACGGAAAUGUUUCCUUCUCGUUCAACGAAUUUCUGGAGUUCGUCGUUUGGUCGAACGAUCUGGGCGUUCUGGAUAGCCACUGGACGCCCUGCACGGAGCUGUGCGUCCCUUGCAGACAGGACUACCAGUACAUCCUUCACCUGGAGACGAUUGCCCAAGAGUCCGAGGUCCUUCUGCAAGACGUAGGAUACCCGCAAGAGUUCCGACUUCCCGCCAAACACAGGACAAAGGAACACGCGAACGUAACCGACAGCGAUGAUCUCGCCUACUUUAAAAACGUUCCAAAGGAUUUAAUGGAAAGAAUUCUCAAAAUUUAUGAAUUUGACUUUGAUGUUUUCGGAUAUAAGCCAAACGAACUGCCAUGAUGACUGAAUUUAAGUACAGAUACAAUACAAUCGCUGUAUUCUUCAUCCUUUAAUA